UGCUUCAUAAGAUAUAUCUUGACAGUCGUCUUUCAUUUUUCAGUCUUUUAAAGGCUUUUAAAGUUAUUGAUUGUGUAUCUCUAUCCACAACCUUUAACAAUGUUGCUAUUCAAAACAUGUAACAGGUUCUAGGCUAAACCAGUCUGCAGCUAUUCCACAUGUGACCAAUAGGGCUCGACUUCCUGUUUCACGUUGCUGUCUGUCACACAGUACUGUGUGUCUCUGGAGUCACACACAAACACAACUCAACAGACAGGAAAACAGCCUGCACUUUUAAGGUCUGGCAUUAGAACAAGAACAAUGGAAGAAUAGGCACUUUGAGUAUCUGUUUUGAAAAUCAAAAGGGAGUUGAUUUCUGAAAGAAAAAGUAAAUAAUCUCCACAUUUAUAUGCUUGACAUGGGAAUGUAGUAUUGUUUAAGCCAGAGGAUAUCUUCUUCACAGACUCCCGGUACCUGAUCAGGUGAAGACAUACAUGUCAUCCAGUGUGUGUCUCCCAGAGGAGGAUCUCUCCUGUCCUGUGUUCUGUGACAUCUUCAGGGACCCUGUCCUCCUACCAUGUAGCCACAGCUUUUGUAAGACCUGCUUACAACGCUACUGGAACACCUCAGCCCUCAGACAGUGCCCUCCCUGUCUGCAGGAGAAGAGCUUCCAAGCGCACCCCUCCCUCCAACCUGGCUCUGAAGAACCUCUGUGAAGUUUUGCAACAGGGCAGGAUUCAGAGCUCAGCGGAGGGGAAUAGGGUACUUUGUAGUCUACAUGGAGAGAGACUCAGACUCUUCUGUCUGGUGGACAAGCAGCCUGUCUGUGUAGUGUGCCAAGCCUCGAAAAUACACAAGAACCAUGAAAGCGUACCCACAGAGAAGGCAGCACAGGGUUGCAAGAAUCAGGCCCUGGAGACAGAGGCAGAUAAAGGAUCUGUUUGUUGAACUCCACCAGUUCUUGUAUGAUGAAGAGGCAGCGAGGCUAGCUGCUCUGAAGGAGGAGGAAGAGGAGACAAUAGGGGUGAUGAAGAGUAUGGUGACAAAGGCUGCAGCAGGGAUGCUAUACCUCAAAGAGACUAUAACAGUCAUAACACAGGAGAUGACAGAUGCUGAAGACAUGACAUUGCUCCAGAACUUUAAAGUCACUAUAGAGAGAGCCCAGUGCACAGGGCAGGGUCCAGAGAGGAUUUCAGGGGUGCUGAUUGAUGUGGCCAAGCACCUCUGUAACCUCAAGUACAGAGUCUGGAAGAAAAUGCUUCUGCAUGUUGAAUACACUCCUGUGACCUUGGACCCAAACACAGCCCACCCCUGCCUUUUACUGUCACAUGACCUCACGUCCCUUGAGUACACCAGCCAGCCCCACCGUCUCCCUGACAACCCUGAGCGCUUCCACAUGGUUGCAGAGGUCCUGUGCAUGACCGGGCUUAGCUCAGGAAGCCACUGCUGGGUAGUGGAUAUUGGAUGUAAACAACUGGAUUCUGGGCGUGGCCUGUACGUCUGUCACCAGGAAUGUGGAGGUCCAGGCCAGGCCCGAGAACAGGUUUUGGACCAUGUGUCUGCGAGACAGGGAGUACAGAGCGAUGACCUGUCUUUCUUUGACCCUGCUGAUGACGAUACACCCCUUUACUCUUUCUCACACAAGUUCAGAGAAAGUGUUUCCGUAUUUUUAUACGCAAAGCAAACACCCUCUGACAAUCCUACCUGAGAGGACGUGUGUUACAGUGCAACAUAGUGGGGCAGGGCAUCCUUGUACAGUUCCCAACUGAUCAUUAUUUACAAUAAAUUAAUUUCUGUCAACCCA